AAACUGAUCUCUUUAUUACUUGCCCUCUUCUUCAUCGCUCAUAAUUAUGGAGGAGUAGUGAGGGCGAGAGGAUUCGAAGACGAUUCAUUAACUCCAUGCAAAACACAUGCGGACUGCCAAAUCCAUUGUGUGGAUUACGAUCCUGAUACAAUAUGUGCAUGUAUAAACAAUCAAUGUAGGAAGGAAAUCUUGAUACCUGUACCAGGAGGACCACCGCCCAAAAAAUCAAUAUAUAAUUUUUGGUAGAUAGUAAAUUGAAAAAGAUAGUCACAAAACACCACACAACCAUAUGUAGGAGCUGACAAAUAGUCGAACUGUCAAUGAAAAGGUCAUCUGAGCC